AUGAUUGUCGAUGGUUCCAUUGAAUUCUAUACGACUGACCCUCAAUAUUGUAACCACUAUGUUCCAUUUGAAGUCUAUUUAAAAUCUUAUGGAUGUGUUGAUAGUAAGG